UGUCUGUGUAAGGAUUUCCAGUUUGCUUUGAGAAUGUUGGAUUUACACUCUGAGAAUGGUGAUCAAUGAAAAAUAAUUCUUUGUCAGCACUAGAGCCUCGUGUGGAUGUGACUCUUCCCACGCAGACCAGCCAUCUGGUUGCGUGAUGCCUUAAGUGUAACUCAAGCACACAGAGCCUUUCAGUUGGCAGGAGUCGCCCUGGCUGACUUUAUGGAGAAUGAAUGGAAUCUGCCAUUUCUUGCUUUGUCAGUUAAUGAGUUCCAAAGUUUCCAUCUUUCUGGAGCAUCCUCUAACCAACAAGCAAUCCAGUCAUUAUAUAUGAGAACAAAGGGUCAGCAUGAACAGUCAAGCUAAACCACACCAAUUGUUAGUUUUGCUUCCUGGAAAAGUACUAAACUAUAAGAUGCAAACUGAACUAGCAGAGUGAAGGAUGCUGUGUAGAAAAAAGCAGUGGGGCAUUGUGGCCCUAUGCCUUAUGGUUUCCAUGUGGAAGAUUUACAAGUCUGUAUACCUGGGAUGUUCCUCUUCCUCAAACAGCCUUGGAGAAUGGUCAGUGGUAGAGUCCCUCUGGGAGGGAAAGCCUUGCAACUAUAACAGAUGUUUUAAUCUUGGCAAAUCGGACUGGUUCUGUGAACACUUCAAUGCUUCUGUAGACUGCCUGCUGAAUCCUGAAAAUCCAGUGGUCCCCUCAGGGGUCCAGCAGUGGUGGCUGAAGCUGCAAGGAUCACAGGAUGGGAGCCAACUCCUAGAGAUAACAAAACAAUUGUUUGACAUCCUUUCAUCUCCCAAUGCUAGUGUUCGGGAUACUGUCCACUGUGGAACAUGUUCUGUGGUGGGAAAUUCAGGGAAUCUGAGGGGCUCCCAAUAUGGUAAAAAGAUCGACUCCCACAAUUUUGUGCUGAGGAUGAACAAAGCACCAACUGCAGGCUUUGAGGAAGAUGUUGGUGCAAGAACCACCCACCAUUUCAUGUAUCCAGAGAGUGCUGUCAACCUCCAUCCUGGAGUCCAUCUGGUGCUUGUCCCUUUCAAACCCCUGGAUCUCAAAUGGCUGGCCAGUGCCCUUUCCUCAGGAGAUAUUCACAGCACAUACAAACGAGUGAAACGAUUAAUCAAAGCAGAUAAAAGCAAGGUCCUAAUCCUGAACCCCACUUUCCUGAAAUACAUCCACGAUAAGUGGACCAAGAACCAUGGAAAGUAUCCUUCCACCGGAUUAAUUGCAUUGAUCUUUGCUAUCCACACUUGUACCCAGGUCUCUGUGUUUGGUUUUGGAGCAGACAGCAGUGGGAACUGGCACCACUACUGGGAAGAGAACCACAAUGCUGGAGCAUUUCACAAGACUGGGGUGCAUAAUGCUGUUUUUGAACAAAGGCUCAUCGAACGACUAGCAAUGGAAGGCAAAGUGUCCGUUUACAAGUAG